CAAGAAUAUAUUGAGGAUCUGGUUAUUUAUGUCAUAUAUAUUUUUUCAUUAAAUCCCUUUCAAAUUUUCAAGAAAUCCGAAAGAACUCCCUUCGGAAAUGGAAUCUAAAUCUUGACCAAAAGCGCGUCCCAUUUUUUGAUCACACCUCUCUAGUUGAUCAGGAAUGCCGGAGGUCGAUGAACCCUAGUUCGAACUGAAGAACACGUUGUCGUGGGUUAUCGAUCGGUUUAGGUUUUUGCACACUCGUGUAGUUCUUAACAAUUAUACAAUGAUUUAUCUGUUAUUCACCGUUUUAUUCGCCGAAAUGAUGAUGAUUCUGUUACUUCUGUUCAAAACCCCACUCCGAGAGCCCCUAGUUGCCGGUUUAGACGGAUUCAAACAAGGAAAAGCUCAAUUGGCUGUGACAUCUGUCGGUGUCACCGUGUUCGUAGUAAUGAUGUACAAUAUCUACACCGUAGUGGAAAUCCGUAGCUGCUCCGCCGAUACCGUCGAUUCCCCCAAUCGCGUCAUUCUCGCCUUCCGUAUCCUUGAAGCUUCUCUCAUGGGCGUUUCACUGUUCCUAUUGGUGAUGAUAGAAACCCUACACGAAUUCAUUAAACCAGUUGUUAUACUUACAGAGAUCAUAACAGCUUCAAGGAACCAAAACCAGGCCUGUGAAGACACCAACAGAAAGAAUGCACAUUUGGCAAAAUCUAUAAAAGAAGACAUUUCUAGGUUAAAGACAGGAAUCACAAAACUGGAAUCGGAAUGUGAUAAAAGGGAAAAAGACGUGCAGUCCAGAAAAGCCAAUUCCAGUACCCUAAAAAAUCAAUUAGUAGGGCUUCAUGUAGAAUACGACCACUUGCUAACAGAGAACAAAGAUCUUAAAGAUCAACUACACGACAUGAAUGAAAGAUUGUCCCAUUCCAGUAGUAAAAAGAUGUCAUUUUUUAGUUGGGAUCAAUGGGGAUUGUGAUAUAUGUUUGUGUAAGAACUCGCCACUUGUAUAAAGAUUUCCCCAACUUUUUUACAAUUGUUGAUUAUUCAUCUAAAAACCAUGAAAGCAAGGUUCUUUAAUGUAGUUUAUGGCAAUGAGAUCCAUAUAAAUAUAUGAUAUUAUUAUCCGUAAUGGGAAUGGUGGAUACCGAUGUUGAUGGAAUCUGAACACCACAUUUUUUUUCCCCACUAUGAAUGGUCCUAGAAUCGGAAUGCAAGGACAUGACAUGUCUAGUUGAUGGAAAAUGCCAAAAAUAUUGUGGCUCAAGUUGUAUGCCCAAGAAAUAGGAUUCGAUGAAAGAGGUGGUAGCCAACUUAUCCACGCAGCAAUUGUGAUAGGGUACCGUUGUAUUAGGUCGAAUUUGAUGGUGACUAAGUUAACUUUAUGUAAAGAAAUUGUGUUUUGGGGUCUUUCCAAGUGUUAGGUUUUUGGAAAUUUGGAGUAUUGAUAGUAGCUUUUCAAAACCAGGGUUUUAGUCUCAACAGUUGCAGUAUUAAGUUUUGGGUUUCGGUAUAAUAGAUUAGACUUCUUAUAGACAUUGGGCGUGUUG